AUGGGAUCGCCAAGCGCUCGAAAAAGGCUUUUGUUGCCGAAUAGUCUAAGCCAAAGUGACAGCGCGAGGCAGAUUUUCCUCGAUUUUCACAAUGAUGUUCGUCGAAAUAUAGCACUUGGAAAGGGUUUGUUAAACUGGACAGUAGAAGCAGACGCGGUCAUUCUUGGUCCAGCUCAGAACAUGUACAAAGUGGACUGGGACUGCGAGUUGGAACAAAAAGCAGCUAAGCAGCUUGCAUGCACGGUACCUCUACCAGUAGAUCCCAACCUGGCUUCAAAUAUUGCUCAAUGGCUGUACUACAAAAACAGUGAAGAAGAGAAAGUUACUGAGUCAAGUAUCGUGGUCUUGGGUGAGCGCAUCGCUGGGAUUUAUGAAGGGCACGAAACUUGA